GUUUUUACUUGUAGCCAUCAGCCUACAGUGAGGUCAAGCUGUGUGCCGCCUUCCACCUGGCUGUAUAAAUUUUUGCUCCAAAAGCUCACUGCACCCAUCACUCGUCAGUGGCGUCCACUCAGGCUGUUUUACCUGCCAACAUGGAAGAUUCAUCAGAGCAGUCCCACUGGGUGUCUCCAUCUCUGCUCAGCUCAGACCCCCUGGCUGGUUUCUCCUCUGAUUCUGGCCUGUUGCCUCCAGGAGAAGAGGGUGAGACAUUCUUCCCCAGCCAAGACACUGACUACACCAGCCUGCCCUCUUUCUUCUCCAACCCAAGCCACAGCCGAGCGCCAGCCACCUACCGACACAGCUCGGUUCGACCAAUGUUCAGCCCACCGAGUCUGCUCAGCAAUCUGCAGCUGCUGGAUGGGCUGCCCAGCCACUCUCUGAGCUCACCCUACAAUCCGCCGGCCUCCACCUGGAGCAGCAGCCCUCUCACCAAGACGCCACUGCAUUCACACACCCCGACCUCCCUCUACACUCCCGGAGUGACCCCUUCCUUCACCACUUCCAGAGACGGAUACUCAUCUCCAGGCAGAGACGGCAGGGAGAGUCCCAGACUUCAGGAGGCCCUGAAGGCAGAGCGUCUGAGCCCACUUGGGGGCUCCGGGGCCAGCAGCAGCAGCUUUCUGAACCUGACUCCUGCAGUUGGCAAUGUGUAUACGCCAUCAUCCCACCCACACAUGAUGAGCCCCUACAGCUCAUACAUGAGUGGCCCACAGGACUACAGCUCUGCUGCCCUCUAUUCCAGCCCUGGAGCCUGGAUCAACCCCUCAUACUCUCCUAAACUCCGCAACAAGAUGAGGAUAUCCACUCCAGAGGCCAGAGAGUGUGUUAACUGUGGAGCCACAGCUACACCUCUGUGGCGUCGGGAUGGUACAGGCCACUACCUGUGCAAUGCCUGUGGACUGUACCACAAGAUGAACGGCCAAAAUAGACCUCUAAUCCGGCCCAAGAAGAGACUGAUUGUCAGCAAGCGUGCAGGCACCCUUUGUGCCAACUGUCACACAAGCACAACAACACUGUGGAGACGCAACUCCAAUGGGGAGCCUGUGUGCAACGCCUGUGGACUCUACUUUAAACUGCACAAUGUCAACCGGCCUCUCACCAUGAAGAAGGAUGGGAUCCAAACGCGUAACAGAAAAGUUUCCAACAAGAACAAGAAGAACAAGAAGGCUGCCCUGUUGGAGCCGUAUUCGGAGGUGAAUCAGCCGCCCUCCCUGGACGACCACGGUGGGGCCUUCUCCCUCGGCCCCGGGACUCUCCUGACCUACAGUCACUCGCCUCACCUCAUCCCUACACCGUCUCCCCUCCAUCCCUCUGCCAGCUUACCUUACACACACCACCUCAACUCUGGCAUGGUGCCCACACUAGUGUGACAUAACAGCCUGCUUCCUUGUAUUGCCAGUUAUUUGUGUGAAUUUGUACAUAUGUGUUUUGUUUUUCUUUGUUUGUUUUUUCAGUGGGUAUCAUAUGAAUGGAGUUCUCUGUGUGUUUUCACUGUAUCUCAUCCAUAUUUUAUGGUAAUGUGUCGAUUGGGCGCUUGUUUGAAGUCUGACUCAGGUUUUGGCAUGCAUUAACACCCUGACGAGGGAAUUCUUCCAGCUGUAAAUACAAACACAAAUCUGAUUUACCAUAUCUGUAUGACAAUCCUUUUAUCAUUCUUAAAGUGAAGGUAUACUUCAGUUUCGUGCUUCGUGGGUCUGUUUUGUAUUUGCAUAAUUCAUAUUGCCAUAUUAAAACGCUAAACAAAAAA